AUGCAGAAAGUUCAACUUGUGAUUGGUGUUAUUAUAAUUCUGGCACUUGGAGUGUCUUCUCAUCGGGAUCGGGACUUUGAUGUCACCGAGUCCAUGGUGGAGUAUCUGCAACUUUACCAAAGUAACUAUGAGGCGAAAGUAAAAAAAUGUGAGGAAAUGCUGGUUGACUUCCGCAAAGGAUUCGCCAAGGAAACAAGAGGUAUCGAUCUGCAAAGGGAUCUUUUGAGAAGCCGGGUGGAGGAAGCCUGGUCCCAGCUGAAACCCAUGGAGUUAAUCGACUCCUGGCAUCGUCAGUGCGUCCGGAACUACAGUUCGGUGAUCCCUACGACUUAUCAGGCCGGGGCCUCCAUGACAGAGUGUUACAUAACUGCCAACACCUAUUUUAAUGGCAUUGAAAGUAGCGCCAAGCACAUCUGUUCCUCCAUCAAGAGCCUGGCAACUAACACAUUUGGGAAUCACAAACGCAGUUGCCAAAUAGGCCAUAAAAAAUCUCAAGCAGAUUAUAAUAAUUGCAUAAAAAAAUCGAUUACCACAUUGGAUACGGACAUUUCCCGACUCUGGAGUUCGUUUCACAAACAUUUGGAUGAGGCCAACUUUAGUGCCAAGACUCGGAUUCGAAUGGCCUGGCUCUGUGCCUUCAAUACCCUAUAUACCACCAGCAACAAUCUCGGUUCCUCGAUGCGUCUUAUUAACGACUGCAUCGCCGGUCAGAGAUCCUGCGGCACAAUGUACCUGCAAGAGUUCUAUCAGAAUUGA